AUGAAUGACUCGAGAAAGCAAGACGUACUCGAACUAGACUUUGUGAUCGUUGGAGGAGGCUUAGCAGGCUUAGCUACGGCCCACGCACUGGCAUCGUCAAAACACCGCGUACGCGUCUUUGACGCGUCUUCGGGAACGAGUAACUCGGCCGCCAGUGGAUUCCGAGUAACGCCAAAUGGCUGUAAGGUCCUUGAGCAGUGGGGCGUCUGGGAAGAAUUCACGGUGCGAGCAUUUAAGGUGGCAUCAACUGAGUUCAUCGAUCUCGAGACAGGAGAGAGAAUCGGAUACUUGGGGUGGCCCGAAGAAGUGUUGCGGGAGCUGGGUGGCGGCUGGUACACUAUUUCCCAUCGUGACCUUCACGAGUUGCUGCGAAACCUCGCCCUGAAGUCUGGGGUCGAAAUAAUCACAGGCGCUACUGUCGUCGCCGUUCACCCUCCUACUUCAGACACGGGAGACGCCUCCUGUUCGGAGUCAGGAUGCGAUCCUAACAAGCCAUCCAUUACACUCGCCACUGGAGAUGUUCAUCAGGCUGGCAUCGUCAUUGGGGCUGAUGGUCAUCGAAGCCUGGUUCGACAGGCUAUCGAAAGAGUACCCGACACACCUACCACGUCCGGCAAGGUCCUUUAUACCGGAACCAUCCCGUUCGAGACAAUGCAAGGCGACGAACAAUUGAGAGAGGUGUUGGAGAUGAGACAUCCGCUGUGGCUAGGAAAUAAACACUACGCAAUGUGUUCCUGCAACGACGACUUUUGGCUCUGUACCUUCUGGCAAGUUGAGGAGCUUGGUGACGGUGACUCAGCAGGUUGGGGCACUUCAGUCCCUGCCAAUUGUUUGAAGUACGGGGACAAGCUUGAUCCACGACUCAGGUCGGUCAUUGAGCAUCUCUCGUCCCUCGAACGCGUCAAGACAGACAUACUCCCCCAUGCCGACUCAUGGAUUGACGAGUCCGAGAGCAUCAUCAUUACGGGAGAAGCUGCUCAUCCGUUUCCUCCUGGUUCUUUCCCCGGUGCACCUAUCAUACUGGAAGAAGCUAGCUUCCUCGGCACGCUAUUUUCCCACUUGCGCCACCCGUCCCAAAUUUCCCUCUUCCUACACGCCUACGAGCAGAUCCGGAAACCGCGCGCAUCCAGGCUACUCGAACUCGAACUUGAUAACCUCACGAUACUUCAGUUACCUCCCGGUCCCGAGCGGAAAGCCAGAGACCACACGUGGGCAGAGCAAAAGAAGGCUGAUAUCGAGCGAAACGUCGGAUAUGUCAGGAGCACUAGCAGUGCCAGUGAAGAGGACAUGAUCUCUGAGGAGCAGAACAUGGAGCUGCGAAGACAGUGGCAGGCAUUUUACGAGAACUGGGGAUGCGACGGGCGGGAUGCAGCUGAGAGUUGGUGGAUCGAGUGGGGCUUGCUUGGUGAAAGAGCCAUGGAAUUGCAGAAAGAAGCGGAUGACCAACAUCGUAUAAGCAUAACGAUGACAGGAAUCGAAUACUACAACUCGGCACUCAACCACUUUCAAUUUAUUUGA